UUUUUUGACUCCCUUUUCUGUACUUAGUACCAAAAAUUGAUUUGAUGCUGCAAAUAUCCAUGAUGCCACCUCUAGAAUAAUUUUUCUUUUUUUCCUUGCAUGAAUUAUUUUUCCCCUUGGAGCAAAAAUGAUUGUUGCUAUACCCAAAAGCUUCAAAUUGUCACAGGAGAAUGAGAGAAAUGGCCAUUUUGUGUAACUUUGUGAGUCCUAAUCUUUGCAUGUACUAAUUAUUUUAGGGGUUUCUUUUAGUUAUAGUGUACAAAACGUAAUUUUUCUUUGUAGAAUACAGUGCUGUUUAAAUGUUUCUUUCAGCCACCGACCCUUUUCUCACUUUAGUUUCUAAUUUUCAAAGGCAGACCUUUCUAAACAUUUGCACAUUAACAUGAAGUUGGCAGUUUGUGAAAUGUGCAAAUUAGAUGUAUCAACACCUUUAACGACGUGCGUAGUAUUUUACUGUAUUCUGGGUUUUUUAUGAUAGACAAGUAAUCCACUUGGAGUCACUUUUGGGGGAGCUGAGAUGUUUAUAAAACAUGACUUGCAAUAUAUAUCUGCCUCUGAUCUUGGAGGUGCUUUUCAGUAGAAGUAAUAAGUACCGCAGGAGCUGGGGACCCUCUUUCGGAGACUUUGGAAUGGGGGUCGGAAGCGAUGCGCGAACCAGUUGUCCCGCUCCAGGUGCCAGGGCGCCCCCAGCCUGCUGUGUACUUCUACUGUGUGUUGAGAAAUUUGAACCACCGUAGGGAUGGGUUACAUUGUGUGGUCACGGCCUUCUGUCGGACUUGGGCUAUUUUUUCCAGCAUUCCUUGUCAGCGAAGAUGUGGUUAAAAAAAAAAAAAAAAAAAGUUGAAAGGAUGAGCAAAAACAUGGUUUGCUUAACCUGUUGAAGUUAGAUUUACAGGCUAGGUUGUCUUUAAAAAAAAAAAAUAAAUAAAUAAAUGCUAAAACAUGACAAUGUCCAAGUGUCUUGUUUUGUUAUGUCAUUUAGAGAGGAAUGGUUUAACUGAAUGUAUAAAAACGUGUUUUGGAACCCCUCUCAUUUUCUAGUUUUAUUCAUUACGGCACUCUGUCCAACCAGUCCCUCACCGCGGUCCUGGUUACUAACGGUCUCCGUCAGCGGUUCCCGCUCGUAACGGCCGCUGCACCGAUCCGUCAUCCGGAGUUUGUAUUUAAAUCGCUUGGCGGGCGUUGUGAUUGGCUGCGGCGUUCGUGUAGGCGAGGCGCACGCGCAGAAUUGCUCGACCGAACGGGACGGCGGAAGUGCGAAAUGUAACCGAGUACAAGUCGGGCGGAGGGAAGUAGGCGAGUCGUGAAGAGCGGCGGCGCGGAUCCGGAGUGCGACACUAGCAGAUGCCAUGCAGACAGUGAGUGCAGCAGUGGAGACACUGAGCAGCUCAGACUGAGGGACGACAAGAGCUUCUCUCACUGAGAAACCAUUACAUCCAAAGCUGUGGUGACCUGCUGAACACCACACCCACUAUGGAUAACCUUGAGGAGGACCUCACCUGCUCUGUGUGUUACUCGCUGUUCUCCGACCCACGCGUGUUGCCCUGCUCCCACACCUUCUGCAGGGCCUGUCUGGAGAGCGUCCUACAGGUGUCCGGCAACUUCUCCAUCUGGCGCCCGCUGCGCAUCCCUCUCAAGUGCCCUAACUGUCGCAGCAUGGUGGAGCUGCCACCCUCUGGGGUGGACGCCCUGCCCAUCAACGUCUCACUGCGUGCCAUCAUCGAGAAGUUCCAGCGCGACAGCCAACCGCGCCUGCCAACCUGCGUCGAACAUCCCCGGCAGCCGCUUAACGUCUACUGCGUCCAGGACCGCAAGCUCAUCUGUGGCUUCUGCCUGACCGUCGGACAGCACCAGGGCCACACCAUCGAUGACCUCCAGACAGCCUACAUAAAGGAGCGUGAAACUCCUGCCCGCCUCAUUGAGCAGCUGACGGACAAGCGCUGGACCGAGGUGUGUGCGCUGGCGGAGCAGCUUGAGCAGGAGAAGGCUCGUUGCGAGAGUCUGUUGCAGCAGGACCGCGAUGCCGUCAGCCAGUUCUUCCAGGGAAUAGACCGAAUCCUGGCUCGCAAGAAAGCAGCCUUCAUGGAGGCGCUGGACAAGGCCAACGCGGAGCUUUCGCGCAUCUACGACCCACUCAUCGAUGAGCUGAAGGACAUGAAGGAGGAGCAACUGGACCUCAUCUCUUACAGCUCUGCCGUCGAGACCGAGGACUCGCCGCUGGCCUUUCUCGAGAAGGUCCAUCUCUUCCAGGAGAGGGUGGAGGCCCUCAGCAAGGCGCCCCUUCCCAGGGUGAAGGCUGUCUGCAUCCACCCUCGAGCAGGACGCUUCUUGGAAGAGCGCUGGGCCGGCAUGACCAUCGCCGACCUGGAGCAGGGCCAGAUCCCGCACAUCAGCUGCUGCUCGGAGGGGUGUUGCCGAAAAGAGGCCGCGUCCCGCAGCUGGAGCCCGGAGUGGCCUGCUGCCCCCAGCCCUGUAGCCGCACUCCUGGUGCUGCUCCUUUUGUCAUUCGUGCUGCUGGGCUUCAGUUUCUCGUACCCUUUCACCUUCGGCCUUCCUCAGCUGAAUCAGCUGCUGCAGGCAUUUGUCCACGGACUGAGUGGCAACGUCUGCGUGCUCAAAGAGACCUUGUGGUGCUGGCAGUCCACGCUGGGUGACACCAUCCUCAGGUGUAGGAUCCUCCUUUCCUCUCUUGGAGAAACGACGACUAAUUACGUGGGCUCCAUCUACAGGAUGUUUUGAUUUCCUUGGAAAACUUCUCUGCUUGUUACGAACACAUUUGUUUGAACAUAACUUAGUAGAUGUACAUACAUGUUGUUCAGCUGUUGAACUGAAGUGUAUUUAAAAUGACUAAUAUGCUGUUAUUGUCACUGAGCAGCCAUGUUUAUAACUUGCCAAAGCGCUCAUUUACCUGACCUUCCUCUCAUGUAGGAUACACUUUUGCUAAUACUAUUUUUAUAUAUUAAAAAAAACUAUCAAUA